CAGCUCCCACCCCACAAGAACCAGCGGUGUCUCACUCUUGGCUGUUCAUAAAUAAUGCAGGAGUGACCAUCGCGUUCUGUUUAUUAGGGUUUCGAUACCCAUUCGAUUUUGGUGGUAGGGAGGGCUUUCCCGUUAAAUUAUGGCUUGUUGGGGCUGAUCUGACGGACGAUUCCUUGUUUUCGGAGUUCAGAUUUCCGUCACUUUACUUGAAUGCUCGAAUUGCGAGAGAGAAUAUUCAAUGUCUAUGGAUUCUGACACGGUUAUGAUUCCCGUUAAAUAUUGAAGAUGUCAGGGGCCAUAGUCGUAGGACGAUUUUCAGCAUUUUAAGAGAUCUGAUCUGAUUCGCUGGUUGAAUCGCUGAGUGGCUACAUCGGGAACUUAUCUGGGAGAAUUAGCUCUUAAGAUAGAUUUCUAAGAAAUCGAAGAGUUUUGGAGGGAGGAUCCAUUCAUUUUGUUGUAAUCGAACCUGCUUUAGUGGUUGAUGAACACAAAGUUCUGGCAUUUUAAGCCAGUGUCAUUUGGUUUAGAUGUUAUGCAACGCUAGCUUAAGGAAUAUAGUCUUUCAAGGUGGGCAUAUUCGGAGUUUUUCCAAGGAGAGAGUGAAAUUGAAGAGGCAUCUUUGGAGGGAUUUGCAUGCCAACCCGGGAAUAACUUAUCCUUCUAAUCGCAAAUUUAGGGGAAUUGUAAAGAUGAUGGUGGAUACAGGUGCACCUGCAGAACCAGGAUCUGUUGUUGAUGUUCUUCCGGAGAAAGAAAGCGUGGAAAACAGUGGCUAUGCUAGUGGUGGAUGGAGAAGUGAAGAUGGAAGGCUCAGCUAUGGCUAUUCAAGUUUUAGGGGGAAGAGAGCUAGCAUGGAGGACUUUUAUGAUGUCAAAAUGUCGAAGAUUGAUGGUCAAACAGUCUGUCUAUUCGGGAUAUUUGAUGGUCAUGGUGGUUCUCGUGCUGCUGAGUUUUUGAAGGAACACCUCUUUGAGAAUCUCAUGAAGCAUCCACAGUUUAUAUCUGAUACAAAAUUGGCUAUAAGUGAAACAUAUCAACAAACUGAUAGGGACUUCCUGGAAGCUGAAAGCAAUACUUUUAGGGAUGAUGGUUCUACAGCAUCAACAGCGGUUAUGGUUGGUAAUCGUUUAUAUGUUGCAAAUGUUGGAGAUUCACGUACAAUAAUAUCAAAAGCAGGAAAAGCCAUACCUUUAUCUGAAGAUCAUAAACCUAAUCGAAGUGAUGAGAGGAAGAGAAUUGAAAGUGCUGGAGGGGUUGUUAUGUGGGCAGGAACUUGGAGAGUGGGAGGCGUUUUGGCAAUGUCCCGUGCUUUUGGCAACCGUUUACUAAAGCAAUUUGUAGUGGCAGAACCUGAGAUUCAGGAAGAAGAGUUGGAUAAUGAAAUCGAAUUAUUGGUUCUGGCUACUGAUGGGCUUUGGGAUGUAGUCCCAAAUGAGGACGCUGUUAACAUUGCGAGAACGGAAGAAGAACCCGAGGCAGCAGCCCGAAAGUUGACAGAGACUGCUUUUACUCGUGGGAGUGCCGACAACAUUACUUGCAUUGUGGUGAGAUUCCACCACGAAAAAACAGAAUGCAGUUCGUCGUUGAGAGGGGAUUAGAAACAAAAUGUUCGAUGUUCAGAAAUAUUAAAUGUUUGAAAAUUAUAGGUGGGAAUCUGCCUGUGCAUAGUCCGAAUCAGCAUAUUAAAGCCCAAGCUCAUCUUAUUUUAUAUUUCCGGUUUCCUAUUGUGUUGCUUUUCCUUUAUUUUUUCCCCGGGUGUUAUGAUGGCAGUAGGGACUGGCAAUCUAUCUGGCUUUGUCUAUAAAAUAUUGUUGUGUACUUCUCUUUCUGAUAUCAUUUGGUUAUUCUAA